GCUCACAUAUUUUUGUCUCUCUCUCUCUCUCCCAGAGUUGUCUUCUUCUCUCUCUUACCAUUUUUUUCACAACUCAUUUCCUGCUUCUUGCUUAGAAAUGCAGACAAGAACUGUACAAGUGAAGAACCUGUCAGAUCUAGCAACUGAGAGGGAGAUUCAUGAGUUCUUUUCAUUUUCUGGUGAUAUAGAGCACAUUGAGAUUAUAAGUGAAACAGGCCAAUCAAAGACUGCAUAUGUUACAUUCAAAGAUCCAAAAGCUCUUGAAAUCGCGUUGUUAUUAUCGGGGGCAACACUUGUUGACAAGAUUGUGACCAUAAUUUGUGCUGAAAAUUACGUUCCGAAACUUGAGAUUCAUGAAUCAAGAGCAGCAGACAACAUCAUGUCCGUUGCUUUGGCUGGGCAUAGUGCAUCAAACGAUGAGCAGGGCAGAACAAGUUCACCACGCAGUGGAAGAAUGUAUGUUAGUAGGGCGCAAGACGUUGUUGCUAGUGUGUUGGCCAAAGGUUCAGCCAUACGACAAGAUGCAGUUAACAAAGCGAAAGCAUUCGAUGAGAAACAUCAGUUGAGAGCCAAUGCAUCUGCCAAGGUCAUUUCAUUUGACCGGAGAGUCGGACUGACUAUGGGAAUCUCGGUGGUUAAUGAGAAAGUAAAAUCUGUGGACCAAAGGUUGCAGGUGUCGGAUAAAACGAUGGCUGCAAUAUUUGUAGCGGAGAGAAAAAUAAAUGACACGGGAUCAGCCGUCAAAUCUAGCAGGUAUGUAACUGCCGGAACAGCUUGGCUAAACGGUGCUUUCAGCAAAGUUGCAAAGGCCGGGCAGGUUGCCGGUACAAAAACCAAAGAAAAGUUCAACCUAGCCAUGUCAAACUUGACUGCCAAGGAUGGAAUUGCCGUGUAAGUUGGGAAAGUUCUCGUUUUAAGUCGCUUUACUAAUCGUCAUCGACACUGGCAUCAGAUGACCUUGUUACAACAAUUCGUCAGGACCGAGAUGCUUGUGGUAGAGUGCAUCAGAUGGCCUAAGCUGUGAACUUAAGCAAAUGCAUCGUUUUAAGUGUUUCAUUUGUUGUGUUUUUUUCAAUAUAUUCUUUGAUUACUAGGGUGUACUGUGUUGUAAUUUCCUAGUUUUUUUUUACAUUUCUUUUCAACU